CACCUUUAGACAUUAAGCGUUGACAAUCACCCCCAAUUUAAUUGUACUUUCGAAAUAUGUGGCUCCAGCGCGCACUUUUGGUGCUGUGUCAAGUUCAUUUGGCGGUCAAAGGAAAUACUUUCCUCAAAGAGUUUCGGAUGCCUGGAAUUCGGGUCUACAAAAGUGACGCUUACGUGUGCUACGCUGAGCCACUUCCACGCGGAAAAAGUUACAUAACUUCCUUUCAGCCGAUUUACAAUGAGAUAGUGACACACCACAUGCUACUGUUCGCCUGCCAAGAGAAACCAACGACGGAUUCCAACCCCUGGAACUGUGACAAUGAAAUGGUUUCCCAGCCCGUUUGUGCAGGAAACUCGAUGAUUCUGUUCUCUUGGGCAAUGAACGCGCCAGGAUUCAAAAUGCCAAACGACACCUCUAUUCCAGUUGGAGGAACAGUGUAUGAUUACUUGGUUCUUCAGGUACAUUACAAGGACAUCAAGUAUUUUGCCGCUUCACCAGACCAUACGGACAGCAGCGGUUGGCUGCUCACGAUGCAGACCACUCCGAGCAAGUAUCUUGCUGGCAUCUAUCUAUUCGUCAUGGAUGGCGCAGUGCGGCCGUUCGGUUUCAGUGAGUCAUCGGUAUUCAGAUAUCUUAUUGUUCCCAAGAAUUGCUACAUCAACCCCUAG